AUGCUAAAGGUGCUGUCAACACAGGUGACCGCAUCAAACAUUGAGCCGGUUACGAGCAAUUACACAACCGGAACGAUUUCCGCAGUAGGCCUGUCUGAUGACGGUCUCAGCAUUGUCCCCUCAGAUUAUAAUGUGUUCGUCAUUGCGCUCUCUGUGAUUCAAAACGAAGUAACGCAUGAUUGUCGACGCAUUGCAACUCUCAUACUCUCCGGAUUCCUAGUCGUAGGAAUUCUGUUAAUAAUUCCCGCAAUCUUACAAACAGCAGCGGCAUACCUCUGGAUAGGCCAAUGUAGAAAACAGCUGGGCCACCAGCCCUUAAUUAAUUCUCGCAAUAACGGAUACAGUACAGUUCCGACCGGAUUCCCCCAAAAAAAUGUUACAGACAUGACACGAACGCUAUUUAUUUACCGAAUCCUGGCCUGUGUGGCGUCUUUGUUGGUGUUGCUCUGUUCAACUCUCCCUCAGUUAGUUCUAGCCGUAGCAAAUCCUCCUAAGGAAGGUAACAUUGACCAAUUAUGGGGAUGGUGUCACGCCUUUGUGUACAUGGACCAUGCUACCCGCUCAUUCGCAACAUACCUGAUCGUUGUACCCUAUGUUCUUUUCUUCUGGGAUUUCCUAUUCAGCGAAGUAGUUCCAAGGCGUCGUUUGGUAAUGCAGCAUAUAUUCCGUGGCAUUCUCAUAUCAGCACUGCCCAUAGCAUUAUUUUCCUCAUUGAUUGCUGUGCCCCUUGUUUUGUUUCGUUACGAACGGCUUUGGAACGGCACCCACGAUGUAUGUUUAUCAAGCAUCAGUGGCACCAAAAUCUUUCUGGUGUUCGACUUUGCUGUUACACGGGUUGUUCCAAUGGCCAUAAUUGUUGGGGUGACAUCAGCUUUUCUCAUUUGGUUGCCUCGACAUCAUUACGGCGUUUUCUAUGAGCCUCUUAUAUUCCUUUUCCUGAUGGCUCCACUCGCCUUCGUCGAAGCGACAAUCUACAUAGCCUGUUAUAUGGGCGUAGUUCGCUACCUGGUCAAUGAGAACUUUGCUAAUGCCCUUCUGAUAUUCUAUGCUUUCUAUCACAUGUCGUUUAGUAGUACCUUUGUCUUGGCAACUCUGCGCUCUGUUGUCACUGAAAUUCGACGUGAAAGGAGAGCUAGAAAACAAUUUUCGAUUGGUGAGGAACCAAAGGUUGAUGAGUGCAGAAGUGCUCGUCGCAGUAAUGUUAUGCUCGGACUGCAGCGUCAAUUUUCUGUUGUUUUCCGGUGGCGCUCCGAAUGUGCAGAGGAUGAACUACAUUUAGAGGAACACGUAAAGAGCAAGAAGUCCGAGACAGAUGUAGAAGCGCCUCCAAUUCUUGAGGAGACAUUUGAUGAUGAGUUUGUGGAAAAAAAGCAACCUGAUGAUGUGAUCAUGCACUAUUCUAUUCUGCAGCGGUCUGCCACCUAUAAGAAGCCAGCUUCACAGAGCCAGAGUGUUAGCCCUACACCGAAACCCAUAGCCAAUACCAGCGCAUUGACCUCCAGCCCAACACACUCUCCGGGUGACAGUUCAAGGAGAAAUCUCAACAUGGGGCCCAGUCCAGCUUACAGAACUCUGCGGAGUCCUGUUGAGAAUGUGAGUUGUAGCCCAGGUUCAAUCGCCCAGAGUCACCAAAUCGGUCACAGUACCGGUAGUCUACAAAAUGUCGGCAGUCAGGCUUAG